AGAGAAGUAACACAGGUAGUUCAAAUUUCAAUGGCAUUUGUUUGCUUUCACUCAAAUAAUUUAUUAUUCAGAGAGUUUGCCACAGCAGCAGGAUGCAUUCAAAUACUGUAUAUCCAGAGUACCAGGAUGUUGAAGCCUAUUCUGUUACUUCUCGAGCAACUUCACGUUGGGGAUCGGAAGUUUCAUUAGCUCCCAGACAAUACAAGGAAAAAGUCUGUGGAGGCUGUGUCACCAGGAGAUGUCUACUAAUUAUUUUUGGAUCACUGAUUAUGAUAGGGUUAAUAGCAGCUGCAAUUGCUCUCGGUAGCGUAUAUGGAAUCCCACCUAGAGACACUGGACUCUACACACGAACCUGCAGCUUACAGUCCAACAGCAGUGGCUUCCUGUGUGAUGACCGCACCACCUGCUUAACAGCUUCAAGGAUAUGUGACGGCAAGGUAGACUGCCACAAUGGAGAAGAUGAAUCAAAAUUAUACUGUGGAAAUCUACCUCACAGUCUUCCCAGUGACUUGGUUUUCAUGUGUGCUAAUAAAAUCUCAUGGACCUACAUUGACAAUGUAUGUGAUGCUAAGAAUGACUGCGGAGACUGCUCUGAUGAAACAACUAAGAAGUGUCUCUCCUGCCUUGGGUGGAGAUGCAAUACUGUUUUCUUCAAAGACUGUGACUGCAUCCCUAAGUCACGCUGCAAGGAUACAUUUCAAGACUGUGACGACUGGAGUGAUGAAAAUGUCUGUCAACCAUAAAAUAAUUAAUUGUG